AAUAUAAUAAUUAUAUGUUUUAUUCUUUCUUAAAAGAAAUUAUAUUUAAAUUGGAUAAAUCAGGUAUUUUCUUUCAUUUUCUAGCUUCUCUUCAAUUUCGCCUGCACAGUUGAGCAUUGAAACACGAAGGAAUCUGAUGAUAAAGAAAUGGAGGCAAGUGUGUUCCGGUUGACAUGUUUGGCCUCUCUACCGUCCCCCUUCUCGCCUGCUCUUGUCCCUGCCUCUCGCUUCUACUCCAAAAGGCCACUCGGCGCAGCAGUUUUGACAAGGUGCAUAAGCAAAGAAGAGCCACUUCUUGAAGGAAUGCCGAAGGAAUAUUACGAUGAUGAAUGGCAAGCUCAACAACGAGAAAAGUCUAAGGAGUUGGAGCGGCUACGUCAACAGGAAGAUGAAGAAGAAGAAAGAAAGAUUGCAGAGUAUCGUGAAAUUGGCUUGCGGUUGAAGGGAUAUCCAGAAGAAGAUGUAAGAAAAGCAAGAAGACUGGUUUCAAGCUUUAUCAUGGCUGCUGAAGAAGUGGAAGAGAAAAUUGAGGAAGCUGCUGAGAAAGGAGAACUUGACGAACUUGUUCUAAUGGUCAUCUGGAACCGCCUUGAUCUUGCUCGACGUGAUGAUGAAAAGGAGGCUAUUAGAAGUCUCGAUCUUUUGUACAGAAGGGUUGAGAUGGAGAUUUUGAGACGGGAGGCCACUCCUGCUAUGAGACUGUUGAACGAUCUUUUGAAUAUGCAUGAUGGGUUUGAUGAUGAAGGCUGGCUGAAAGAAUGCAAAAAAUGCAUGAUUAAUACCUUUCCGCGAGAGGAUCCAUUUAGCAUUCUUGUUCCAGCAGGGUUUGACAUUGAUAAGCAUCAAGGGUCAUUGCAACCACCACUAGAAGCAGACGAUGUUCUUUUGAGAGUAGAUUUUCUCAGGGAGGUUGAUUCUUUGCUCCAGGAAGUUCGGCAAGAGCAAAGUGAAGCACAUAAUGUAGAAGGGUUUGAUCCUGAAUCUGUUGCAAGCAUGCUGAAGCAACAUGAGAAGCAACGAACAAUAAGGCAAGUAGAGUCCCUGCUAGACUUGGCCAUUAAUUUGAAAUGGUAAAGGGGCCAUACACUCGAUCCAAGUCUCACUGUUAAUGAAGAAGAGGAGAUACAAGUCCCAUCCCCUCUGACAUUUGGUUAAUCUCCAACCCUUUUUGUAUCUACUAUGGAGGCUAGACAGUACUCAGGAAAGUCACUAUGCUUGAACAGUUCAAUAAUGUGAAUGAAAUUUUGUAUUCAUA